AUAUAAGAAAUAAGAAACCAGGAAUGGCUGCGUUAAGAAAUAUUUCGAAGAAUCUGUUUAAACAUAUAUUUAGAUCGGAACAAAAGGCAAAUAAGGAAAUUUGUUUAAUUUAUAGCAGGCUCUUAAAUUAUUCAUCUAUUGAGUACGAUGUCAAACAUGAUCCAGCUCCAAAAUUCUUUAAUAAAGAAAUACAAUUAUUGCUUCGAGAAAUAACACGAGUCGAUUUAAGUAAAGUAAAUCGAAAGAUAAAACUGGGAGGCAAAGGACUCGAAGAUCCCAUUUAUAAGUUUAUGACUGAUGAUGAGCUAAAAGAAGCUAUUGAAGAAGCUAAGCAGAAGUCCCACGAGUUAUUACAAAUACCUCCCGUCGUUGCAGUUAGAAAGCCUAUGACACAUAUUUUAUCAGAGGAUCCUGCUUUACAAGGUUUGGAAGAAUCAAAACUAGUUUUUACAGAUAUUACUUUUGGAAUCAAGAAUGUUGAUAGAAUAAUUGUAGUAAGGGAACAAGAUGGAACAUUACGAGAAGCAGAUUGGGAAUUAAGAAAUAGAAUGAAUCAAUUGUACUUUCCUCAAAAGGAGAGACAUAUUAAACCUCCUAGAAUGUUUUUUGGAGAAUUCCUUAAUAAUUUAUUGGAACAGUAUGAAUACAAGUUUAUUCUUGAUCGUGCUUGUGUGCAGUUCGAACCUAAUGAUCCUGAAUAUCAAAGAGUAGCCUCAGUUACAUAUCAACAUGUAAAUGACCAUGAAAAGUUUGAUUUAUUGAGAUCUACAAGACAUUUUGGAGCCCUCACAUUUUUUCUUGUGUGGAAUAAAAAUAUUGAUAAUUUCUUAUUAGAACUUAUAGAAACUUCUCAGAUUGAAGAAGCAAAUAUACUCUUGAAAUUAUAUACCAAAAUACAUGAUAUUACACUUGAACAGGGAAAGGAAUUUUCAGGUCUUGAAGAUUAUAUUAAAAAUUAUUCCAAUAAAAAAGCUGCAUUAGAAUUGGGAUUACAGGCAUACAAAGAUUUAUCAAAACAGAAGAAAAAAUAUGAUGAAGGUAUAAGGUUUGCACAUGGGACUGGAUAAUACAAUAAAUAUCUUAUGUUUUAACAACAAUAAAAUAUUUUUAGU